AUGUCCACCUGCGAGCCGUCAGAACAGUUCAAACAGGCCGCAGAGUACGUCGCUACAUCCCCCAAGCUCAAGAAGCUGCCAAAUGAGACCAAACUCCAACUCUAUGGACUGUACAAAGCGGUCACCGUAUCUGCUUCUCCCUCGGGCCCGCGGCCAGGUCUGUUGUCCUUCGAAGGAAGGGCGAAAUGGGAUGCUUGGGACCGAAUAGGAAAGGAAUUUGGAGGCAAACCGAAGGAAGAAGUGGAGAGGAAGUAUCUGGAUGUAUGCAAGUCUUCAGGUUGGGAGGAAGGUGUUGCUCCUGAGCCGACAGGGAAGCGGGAAGAGGGGGGUGAGGGGGGCAGCAGCGGGCCUGCAGGGUUGGGCGUAAGCGUAAGCCAGAUGCUGAGAGAAGACGAAGCAGAGCAUGAGGGGAAGAACGAUCUCCAAGGGGCGGUAGUAAGAGGUGAUGUGGGCAAGGUGAACGAGUUUUUACUACAAGGGGAGGCCAUCAAUGGUGUGGAUGAAUAUGGGUUUACGGCGUUGCAUUUGGCCGCGGAUCGAGGGCAUAAAGAGAUCGUACAGCUGCUACUCGACAGAGGGGCUAAUGUGGGAAUCAAGGAUCCGGAUGGGGAGACGGCCAUCUCGCUCGCUCGGGAGGCAGGACACGAGGAAAUCGUGGUCCUCAUUCAGCAGGUGCUGUCAGAUCAUGGGCAGGAGGGGCAGAACUCCUAA